AUGCCCCGCAACCACGGCGGCGGGGAGGAGGGCAGCUCCGCGGGGCUCUGGGUGAAGAGCGAAGCGGCAGCGGGCAUGAAGGAUGUGGAGUCGGGCCGGGGCAGGGCGCUGGCGAGCGCGGCGGCUCGCGGCGACGGCCUGCUGCUCCUGGGCACCGGCGGAGCGGCCGCCCCCGCCGGGCUGCGGGAGGGCCGCCGCGGGAAGCACGGCGCCCGCAUGAGCCUACUGGGGAAGCCGCUGUCGUACAGCAGCGGGCCGAGCUGCCGCCGGAACGCCAAGUACCGCCGCCUGCAGAACUACCUGUACAACGUGCUGGAGCGGCCCCGCGGCUGGGCCUUCGUCUACCACGCCUUCGUUUUUCUCCUUGUGUUUGGUUGCUUGAUUUUGUCCGUGUUUUCUACUAUUCCUGAACACACAAAACUUGCCUCUGGUUGUCUCUUCAUUUUGGAAUUUGUCAUGAUUGUUGUCUUUGGUUUGGAAUUUAUUAUUCGUAUCUGGUCUGCUGGAUGCUGUUGUCGAUAUCGAGGAUGGCAAGGAAGACUGCGCUUUGCAAGGAAACCAUUCUGUGUAAUAGACAUCAUUGUUCUCAUCGCUUCAAUAGCAGUUGUUUCUGCAAAAACUCAGGGUAACAUUUUUGCAACAUCAGCACUGAGAAGUCUUCGUUUCCUACAGAUCCUUCGUAUGGUGCGCAUGGACCGAAGAGGAGGCACUUGGAAAUUGUUAGGUUCAGUAGUUUAUGCACAUAGCAAGGAAUUAAUCACAGCCUGGUACAUAGGAUUUUUAGUACUCAUCUUUUCAUCUUUCCUGGUUUAUCUGGUGGAAAAAGAUGCAAAUAACCAAUUCUCCACAUAUGCAGAUGCUCUCUGGUGGGGCACAAUCACAUUGACAACCAUUGGCUAUGGAGACAAAACUCCUCUUACUUGGCUUGGAAGGUUGCUUUCUGCAGGAUUUGCUCUACUUGGCAUUUCUUUCUUUGCACUACCUGCUGGUAUCCUUGGCUCAGGAUUUGCUUUAAAAGUGCAGGAACAGCAUCGUCAGAAACACUUUGAGAAAAGAAGGAACCCAGCUGCCAGUCUAAUUCAGUGUGUAUGGCGUAGUUAUGCGGCUGAUGAGAAAUCGGUUUCCAUUGCUACCUGGAAGCCUCAUUUGAAGGCCUUGCAUACCUGCAGCCCUACAAAAAAAGAACAAGGGGAAGCUUCUAGCAGUAAGCUUUGUAGUAAUAAAGAGAAGCUCUUCAGGAUGUACACCCCUCGGAAACAUAGUCAAAAGCUAAGUUUUAAGGAACGGGUCCGGAUGGCCAGCCCACGAGGUCAGAGUAUAAAGAACAGGCAGUCUUCAGUUGGAGAUCGCCGGUCACCAAGUGCUGACAUUGCCACUGAAGGCAGCCCAACCAAAGUCCAGAAGAGCUGGAGCUUCAAUGACCGAACACGCUUCAGGCCCUCACUGCGGCUGAAGAGCUCGCAGCCCAAACCCGUGGUUGAUGCUGACACCAGUCUUGGAACAGAUGAUAUUUAUGAUGAUAAAGGGUGUCAGUGUGAUGUGUCAGUAGAAGAUCUCACCCCUGCUCUUAAAACUGUCAUCAGAGCAAUCAGAAUUAUGAAAUUUCAUGUUGCAAAGAGGAAGUUUAAGGAAACACUUCGUCCAUAUGAUGUCAAAGAUGUCAUUGAACAGUAUUCAGCAGGUCAUCUAGACAUGUUAUGCAGGAUUAAGAGUCUGCAGUCUCGUGUUGACCAAAUUCUUGGGAAAGGACAAAUCACAGCAGAUAAAAGAAGCAGAGAAAAGAAUCCUGCAGAGAAUGAGACAACUGAUGACCUAAGUAUGUUAGGACGUGUAGUCAAGGUGGAGAAACAGGUACAAUCCAUUGAGUCAAAACUGGACUGUCUAUUAGAUAUUUAUCAACAAGUUUUGAGAAAAGGAUCUGCAUCUGCACUCACUUUGGCUUCAUUUCAAAUGCCAGCUUUUGAGUGUGAGCAGACUUCUGACUACCAGAGUCCAUCGGACAGCAAAGAUUUGUCCAAUUCUGCACAAAUUAGUGGAUGUGUAUCCAGAUCAGCUAGUGCCAAUCUUCCUCGUGGCCUGCAGCUUAUACUGACACCAAAUGAAUUUAGCACUCAGGCUUACUAUGCUUUCAGUCCAGCUAUGCAUAGUCAAGCAACGCAAGUGCCAAACGAUGGACCUGCAACAGUUAAUAAUACAUCAAACCAAAUAAACCAGGCAACUAAGCCAGCAACUCCAACAACAUUACAAAUACCACCUUUCUCAUCAAUGAAGCAUAUCAAUAGGCCUGAGCCCGUUCAUAUUAUUCCUGUAACUACACAGGAAAAUAUUUCCGAUGUCACCGCUUGCCUUGUUGCAUCAAAGGAUAACGGACAAGUUGCACAGCCCAGUGCGACAAAGGAUCUCACAUGGAGAAAAAGUCUGGAUACAGAAGGGGAACCUUUGCUCUCAGUUAAACCUGUGGUGCAAAUGGAUUUAGGAAAAUCUUUAUCUGUACAAAACCUUAUACAAUCAACAGAAGAACUGAAUGUACAGAUGGCUGGCAGUGACUCCAGUGGUUCCAGAGGUAGCCAAGAUGUAUACUCCAAAUGGAGGGAGUCAAAAUUAUUUAUAACUGAUGAAGAGUUGGAGACAGAGGCAGGAACAGAGACUACUGAAGCCAUCUCGCGCCCUUUAGUGGAAACAGCUCUCUCUGCUGACUCUCUAAGGACUGGAAUAUCAAGAUCAUCUCAAAGCAUCUACAAGCCAGGGGACGGUACAGAAGCACUCAAUCUGCUCCAUGUCAAACUUAAAUAACAGCUUGUGGGCUUUCCUCAUUGGCUGGGUCAUUCCUCUAGUCAUACAUAUCAUAGCAUGAACUGUUUGAAAGCCUUUUUUAGUAAGAUAAAAUCACAAAAAUCAGGAUGAAUCUGCAAAGCAGUUGAAUGAGCCCAUAUCUCCUAGUUGCAUGUAAAUGCAUGUUUAAGUGAUGGCUAAGAUUCAGAUUUACACCUACAGUACGGCAGCCUUUCAUGUAGUACAGUAGGUUAAAUAAUGAGUUGCCUACAAAGCUAAUGCUGCAGGAUGUAUCAAAAAGCAAAAAUUUGAGCAUUUAGACC